UGCGCAUUUGACGUAUCCGUUGCCUGUAAUUAUUUUUGUAUCUAUUAAGUGUAGUGAGUGUUUUAAUUGAUAGUGUUAAGUGGCAAUGAUUACAUUAGUCCAGAGUUUCGCUACGCAUGUGAUCUAAAAAUUCAUUUGAAUAAUAAUGUUUAGAAUUCAAUAGAAAGAAAUACAUAUAUACCUUAUAAUCUGUUAUAAAUAAAAUCAUGUCAGAUUACCUAUCUACUGAACUUGCAGCUACGUGCGCUGCACUUGGUUAUUAUGAUGGAUCUAAGUAUCAUUUAGACAAUUACUGUUUAGAUGUUAUAAAGGAUCUUAUCAAAUAUUUAAGAAGAGACGAUGACUCUCAUACUGUACGUCAGUUUCUUGGUCAAACAAAAGUACUUCAAACUGAUCUUAUAAAAAUUUUUGUUGACCACUACGAUAAACUUGAACUUUGGGAUGUAUUACUAAGGUUAAUUAUUAAUAUAACAAGUCCAGUUGUGCUGCUUUUUAAUGAACAAAUUCCUACUGACAUAAUGCAACGUACUAUAUACCUUAAACUAGUUGCAUAUACACAGUCAUAUAAAGUAGCUUUAAUUGAUGGACGUAUAUGGACCAUACUUAGUAAUCGUUUAAGUAAAAUUCUUAAACUAGAUAAUGUAGAAAGGGGGGAAGAAAACGAAAUGAUCAUUGAAAGGAUACUUAUUUUUAUUAGAAAUGUUUUGCAAAUUCUCCCAGAUGAAAAUGAGAAACGUGUUGAUAAUGAUGCUACAGUUCAUGAUGAGGUUUUAUAUGCACUUAAUACAUCAGGAAUUGUUGAUUUGUUAGUAUUUAUUGCUAGUAACAGAAGUGAACAACAAUAUCAUUUGCAAGUUUUAGAGAUUAUAUCGUUAAUGCUUCGUGAUCAAAGUGCGAGUGAAUUAGCGAAGUCCGGCUUGCAACGUAGUCUUAGCGAAAAAGAAAAGGAUGAAGAAACACUUUUAGCAGCUCGACUCAAAGAAAAGGAGAAAAAGAUAGAAAGAGUGAGAAAAUAUGCAGGAGCUAGACAUUCACAUUUUGGUGGAACUUACGUUGUGCAAAAUAUGAAAGCCAUUGGAGAAAAUCAGCUAUUAUGUCACAAACCAUACCAGAAGAUCGAGGCAUUAAACUUCGGCCAAGAUAAGAAAAAAGUGUCGAAACCGAAAAACAAACGUCCCAUGUGGGAUCCAAGGGGUGAACGUACAUCUGCAUUGAGUGUGAGGCUCAUUUUGAAAGAAUUUUGCAUAGAAUUCUUGAAUGCUGCUUACAACCCCGUAAUGAAAUACGCAAAGUCCUGUAUAGUCGGCGGAGCUCAAACCAAUCAAUCUGAAACAACUUGUUACUUAUGGGCCUUGCGUUUUUUCAUGGAGUUCAACCGCCAUUACAAGUUUGAAGUAAAAUAUGUGAGCGAAACAAUAUCCACGGAAGUAUUUCAUUUAGUACAAAGACAAAUGGAUCAUUAUUACGAGAUGAUAAUUACUGACAAAAAGAGAAUUCCCCUUUGGUCUCGUAGAUUACAUUUAGCAUUGAAAGCGUAUCAGGAACUUCUGUACACUCUAAUGGCAAUGGAUCAAAGUGCAGAUCGUGGUGUUAGAGAAUCCAGCAAGGUUAUUAAGAGUAACGUGUUUUAUGUUCCGGAAUAUCGGGAAACGAUUCUUUCUCUCCUUCUCUGUUUCGACGAGGUUAAAAUGUCUCGACAAUAUUUGAUUGAUCUCACUACAACAGCACACAUCUUCUUAAAAAUGUUGAGCAAUUAUUGUGGGAGAAAUAAACGCAGCGUGAUAGUCCAAAAAGUGAAACCAACACGACACAAAAGAACAAAUAAAAAAAAAGCUGUACAGAAAGAACAACCUCCGGUUCGAAGCUUACAAGAACGUUGGGACGAAGUUAGUCCCCAGCUAUCCAUUGUAAUGCAAGAAGGAACGAUACCGCAAGUUAUACCAUUUGAUGCAACGUUGGAUGUACCUAUAGAUGAUCAGAAGGUUGAUGCAAUGAAGAAGGUCCAAAAGCUACUACGGUCGAAGGAUCUGGAGCAAGCUAUUGGACUUAUUCGUGCAGCAAGGGAAGUCUGGCCCGAGAACGACAGUUUCGGAAGUGCUAAUAUUACGUCGGGGGAGGAGUUUCUAGCGCUACGGGAAAUCUUCUUCGCAGACUUGGGUGUGGUCGAAGAAAAUCCUGUUACACAAAGCAAAACACACGAGGAGGGAAACGUUGAUAGCCUUAAUGACGAGUCAGAGGAAGAUGAAGAGAACGCAUCGCAAACACAUUCCUCAGUUGUAGAAACUGAUUUCAAAUUUUCUGACUUCAUCUACAGAUUUGCCAAUGUAAAAAUCGUGAGAGCAAUGUUGGUUCUGCUACAGCAAUUUGACAAAAAUACAAACGAAGUGAAUCAUUACAUUACCAAGAUGCUUCAUCGAAUAGCCUGGGACUGCAAAAUGCCAGGGCUCAUGUUCCAAGCGUCAAUGUUCCGCGUUUUCCAAAGAAUUCUUGAGUCUAAGUAUUGCGGCCACAAGGAACUCCAAAAGUUCGCAGUCUUCAUAAUCCGACGUUUCAUCGAAGUCGCGCAAAAGAACCGGAAAGCGUAUAUGGAGCUGCUCUUCUGGAAGACCACUCGUGACGCGACCGAGGUCGUCGAGGGUUACAACGCGGAAACGGAUAACAAGAAAGUUCCGCGCAGCCUCUGGACCGAAACCCAAGAGGACGAGUUACGCACUCUCUUUAUGGAACAUCAGACUAACAAGUAUCCCCAAGAUGUCGUCGAUUGGAUCUUAGAGCAUAUUAAUCAAGAACGAACGCGUCGUGGUGUCAUGAAGAAGCUGAAAGAAAUGUGCCUGAUUGUUAAUUCUAAGACUAUACGAAACGAGGUACAGAAGAGACUUCCAAAGGUAUGGUCCGAGGACGAGAUCAGUCAGCUUACGGAACUUUGGGAACAACUGAAGCAGGACGAUGAUCCCGUGGACUUGAUCUUCAAUGGGCUCACAAUAAAGCGGCCGAAGCCAAAGAUCAAGGAGAAGCUUUUGGAAUUAGGAUUGGCCACGGAUCGCAAGGAGUUGCGCAAAAAGCGAUCCAGAAAAAGCAACCACGGUAAAUCGUCGUGGGAAACGCAGUCUGCCAGUAAUUCCGACGAGGAUGAAAGUAGCGACGAAGAAGCUGGUAAAUCCUCGAGCAAUAGGAACGUGGCUCCCAAUAAACCAACGAACAAGGGAAAGAAGAAAAAUGCGAAAAAACAGCCAACGAUGGUUUACACGGAUGCACAAUUAUCCGGACUCUUGAAGGAUGUCAUCGAAAAAAAUAUGAGCGACGCUUUAGAAUGGAUCAAGGAAUCCCUACUAGAUGUCCUGGACGAUCGAGACGAGGAAAGCUGCGAAGGUAUCCCCUUAGUCCCGCUGACAGAUUAUUCGUCUGCUGCGAUGGAUUCACCGAGCUUCCAGAAGCUUAUUCGAGCUAUGGGAUUCACACCUCCUGCUGAUGAACAAGAAUCUUAUUGGCGCAUACCGUCUAAUAUGCCUAGAUCGAUGAUUCAGAAGCGCUGUAAUCUUAUCGAGUCUUCGUUAGCAGGAAACUUCAUUACCGAAGAGGCGACGUCAGUGAAGAUGGAAUCUGAUAACGAUAGAAACAGUGAAAGCGAUGAUGAAGACGUUUUAGAAAAUAUUAAAAAAUAUUUCACCUCUAAAGCUGAGCCACAGCCAUCAACUUCCCGCGAUUCUGAUAUGGAAACUAACGUUAAUUCUACGCCGAAGCCAUUGAAAAAGACCACAGUUCUCUCAUCGCCGACUGAAUGUGAUGAUGUAGAAAUGGAGGAAGCAAAAGCAAAUGACUCACAGCCAGUCGAAAAAUCAAAAUCUGGAAAGAGAAAGUUUGAUGGACGUAUUAUUGCAUUCGAUGAUUCGUCUGAUUCUGAAUUGGAAAUAAAGAGCAAUGCUGAUAAUGCUGAAGUGGCUGAAGUAGAUGACGGGAAAAGACCGCGAUCCGAUGACGAGAAAAAUGAUACCGUGAAAAAACGUCGUCUGCUGGAUAGCGACGAGGAAGAGGAGCCACUAACGUCUCAAGCUACCAGGCAGAAAAGCAUUAAAACGAUAAUUAGUGACGACGAGGAAGAACCAGCGCAAAACCAACGUAAUCAACACAGGUCAACUCAUAGAAUAAUUAGCGACGAUGAAGAUUAAUGGAAGAGAAGACUCUCGUACCUUUUAACAUUUCUAUUUCACUCUUUGCUAUGUGUUUUUAUAAUUUGUGAAAAUAAAGACAACCUAUCCUUCACCA